AUGAUGAAACUUUUUACCCUUAAUUUUCUUUAUAUCUGUCCUCUCCUUGUUCUGUUUUAUCCAAUUGAUGCAACAGCCAUGUCACAAUCUAAUAAAAUAAACUUCACAAUUCCUGCUGUUAUUGUGUUUGGUGAUUCAAUCAUGGAUACUGGAAACAACAAUUAUAUUCCAACAUUAUUGAAGGCUAAUUUCCCACCAUAUGGAAGGGAUUUCUUUGGAGGGAAAGCCACAGGAAGGUUCUCCAAUGGCAAGAUUCCUUCGGAUUUUUACGCUGAAAUAUUUAAAUUAAAGGAUGCUUUGCCACCCUAUCGUGAUCCAAAUUUAAAGACCGAAGACCUCUUAACUGGAGUGAGUUUUGCUUCUGCUGGUUCAGGAUGUGAUCCUCUUACAGUUAGAUUAGCGUCGGCGUUGUCGAUUAAUGAUCAAUUGAAUAUGUUUAAAGAAUACAUAGAAAAACUGAAGAAAGCUGUGGGAGAAGAAAAGACGGCUUUCAUUAUUAGGGAAAGCUUAUAUAUGAUAAGCACAGGAAGCAAUGACGUUGCAGUGACCUAUUUUUUGACACCAUUUCGGAGGAAUAUUGAUAUCCAAGAAUAUACAAGCAACCUCGUCAAAGUGUCUUCAGAUUUUAUACAGGAACUUUAUCAACUGGGAGCAAGAAGGAUUGGCAUGCUCAGUUUAACACCACUGGGAUGUGUGCCAAUACAUAGAACACUACUAGGAGGCUCACAAAGAAAUUGUGCAGAUUUAGUAAACGACGCUGCCAUGAUGUACAACUCCAAGCUUUCUUCUUCAAUUAUGGAUCUCAAAAAAAGCCUUCCAGAAGCUAAGCUUGUGAACCUUGAAAUCUAUAGCAUAAUGGAUAAUAUUAUCCGAAACCACAAUCAGUUUGGUUUUGACGUGGAGGGUAGUUCAUGUUGUGGCCUUGCAAAUAUUGAAACUGGUCUUCUCUGUAAUUCUCUCACCUUAAAAGUAUGUCCUGAUGCUUCUAAAUAUGUGUUUUGGGACGGUUAUCACCCCUCAGAGAAAACUUACAACAUAGUUAUCUCGAAGACUAUGGAAAACAACAUGCAUAAGUUUAAUUGA